ACCAGAGGGGCGGGCGCCUUUAGGCGCGGGAGUGGCGGGCUCAAGUGGGCAUUGUUAACGGUCGCCCGCCCGCCGGUCAGCCUGCUUACGGCCACGUUCCGCCGGCGUCUGUGCUCGGCACCCAUCAGGUACUCUCUGCGUGUGUGCACGGUAGCCCCGACCGGGCGAAGGCCGGCUUCUGAGUCGUUUCUCUGUGGACCACCUCGGCGGUGUUGCAGAGGUCCUUGGAGGCGGGGAAGGUGGGCCGGGCUACCUAGCGAAGCCCCUUGUUGCUGGAUGCAUUGAGCGCCUUAUCCUGCCGGCUCCAGCAGCUCCUUGAUGGACCUGAGUCCCUAGGUCAGCGGAAUUCAACUAAGUUGCCUGAAUCACUCGCACCUACUCCUGUGCACAGGCCUGUGAAGAGAGGGGGCAAUAAGCUAAGUCGCUGGGGUCUUCUCUGGUUUUAAUGACUAUUUAAGUUUUCAGUGAGGAUGGUCCUUGGUGAGCAGACACAGACACCUGGGUCCCGCUUGUCAUUCCUCUCACCAGAGUGAUGGUGUUUGAAUUGGUACUGAGUGAUGCUGCAGACAGGGACUCUCAGGUGUCUCCUGAGCUGUCCCACAAAAGACAAACACUUUCAGAUGCUGACAUAGAGCAAACAGUCACCUAGCCGCCUGGAUCUUGGACUCUGAAUCCGGAUAAGAAUUUUAUCUGCUGGGUUAGAUAUAAGCAAGACGACCGUGGUUCUGUCUGCUUGAUGCAGCUUCGUACGCAGGAGCUGUCCCUGACAGCGAAGUCCCAGAGAAGGAGCCAGGCAGCCACUGUCUGAAAACCCUCAGCCUUCCCUGGCCUCCAGGGGGGUUUCCUGCUUCCUAAGAGCAGCAAUGGAAAAGCCUGCAACUAGGAAAAAGAAGAGUCAGGCCCCAAAGGAGGAGGCAGGUGCGCAAAAGGCCACUGUCAAGGGAGAGAAAACAUCAAAGGGGAAAAAGGCAACCAAGAAGCCAAGAAAGCCCCGCAGACCCCGAAAAGAACCUGUCCUGAGCCCCGAGGACGAAGCACAUAUCUUUGAUGCCUUCGAUGCCUCGUUUAAAGAUGACUUUGAGGGUGUCCCCGUGUUUGUCCCUUUUCAGAGGAAGAAGCCCUAUGAGUGUGGUGAAUGUGGACGGAUCUUUAAACACAAGACAGAUCACAUUCGCCACCAGAGAGUUCACACUGGAGAGAAGCCCUUUAAGUGUGACCAGUGUGGGAAGACCUUCAGGCACAGCUCAGAUGUCACCAAACAUCAAAGAAUUCACACCGGUGAGAAGCCCUUUAAAUGUGGGGAGUGUGGAAAAGCCUUCAACUGUGGUUCUAACCUUCUAAAACACCAGAAAACGCACACUGGAGAGAAACCUUAUGGCUGUGAGGAGUGUGGAAAAUCCUUCGCCUACAGCUCCUGCCUCAUCCGGCAUCGGAAGCGUCAUCCGAGGAAGAAGCACUGAGCAGGGCGGUCUACAGCUAUGGAUCCUUGUCAAACACCUGAUGAUGGUCCAGAGGUCUUACGCAGUAUGCUCAUCCAGCCACCCAUCUGUCAUUGAGAGGAAAAUCUACCCAUCAGACAUGAGAGCCCACAGAGGCUUUCUGCCCUUCGAGUCUUCACUUAGUAGUAACAUGGUGCUUCCCGGAGCUUCCUGAAGCUCCAGCCAUUUUCCAGACUACUUUAUGUUACUCAGGGCCAUCUUUGGAACAGUUUUGGGUCGCUGAGAACUUUGUAGAGCUAAAGAGACACCCCUGUUGGCAAGGGCCACUGCCUUCCUUUGCUGCCUCUGUCUGCACCAACCACGGUGCUUUUGUCUCUUCUCUUGAAGACUUCUGACUCUGUAUGCUCAGCCCCAUGCUGUCUGCUAGGGCGAGGAACCCUGAGGUGGAUGACAGGCAGCAUUCUGACCAACUCUGAGGACAGCACCAAGUCCUGCUUGCUCAUCUCUGUGCAGCUGACUUCAGUGAUCCUAGAGUUUCACUCUUCUGGCUGAAACCACAGUCUUUGAGCUCAACCCUUGGGCCUAGAGCUGGGUUACACUGCUUUCUCUUGUCCCAGCCACAUCGUAGACAAGUAGCCUGGAUCCAUCCAAAGCCUCAGCAGACCCUGGCACCCUGGCAUAGUGGCAGGUUUCUUAGGCUAGGCCUUGUAGCUCCAGGGUGCCAUCAGUAGCUUCUGCCCACUGCACCUUGAAAAACAACUGUGGCCCCACCCCACAGCAGCCUGCCAUUCCGGUCAAUUCCACUUCCUGCUGGUCAGCAGGGCAAGACCACGUGACUCUGUCUACUGUCUGCCCCACGAUGAUGCUGUGUGAGGUCUGUGUUCUAAAGACAGCAAGUGACUGCUGACCAGGAGGGCUGCUAGAGCAGAUCUCUCCAGUAAGAAGCUCAGAGAACUCGGGAGUCAGUGUCUACCUCUACAGAGCACAGCAGAGACACUGGGCAUGCUCCAGGGAGGCUUUCGUCGCCACAGAACCCACUGGCAACAGGAAGGCUGUAGGUGGGCGAGCUCAGGGAGGCCUUUUGGACGCCGUGUGGUGACUACAGGUCACUUUCACUUGUUCCCACCCUCAAGUUUAAGAUGGCCACAUCACAGCAUUCAUGAGCAACCAUUAGUUCUGGCUCACUGAAGCCUGCCGAAGAGUUCCCGGCACCAGCUCUCUACAUCAGUGAAAGACACUGUGAACAGCCACCUGGGAACAAAUGAAAUGUUCAGAACCUUCUAGAUGUCUUAAGAUGUGUCCUGGGACAACUAAGAAUACUCCAGCAAAGUAUUGGGAUUCUAAUUAUAGAAGCAUGCUCAGCUGCAGGCAGAGAUGUCUUAGAAGUCCCAGGCAGUCCACUUAUUAGCUGCCAUGUCCAGUGGGCCUUGUCCUGCAGAGUUCCGAGCAGCCCAACUGCUGCUGAGCCUCACUUAGAACAGAGAGCACUACCAGGGCCUGACAACCAGCAAGUGAAUGCCAGCUCGGAGCUGUACUAAGAUCCAUUCCUUCAGCUCCCUCCCAGCCAAGAGAGAAGGCAGAAGCCACCUCAAGGAGAGUUAGAGGGAGCUCUGGGCUGGGUCCAGGACUCUUCUGUUUGAGGAGAGCAGUGGGUUAGACCUGACUAGCUGCCUCCUUCUGUUUCUGAAAGUCUGUAGCUCCAGAGCACGUGCAGACUCCUUUCCUCCUGACCUUGGAUCUGUCAUCAAGACACUGACUUCCUGUGCCAAUGAGUUGGGACAUCAGGAUGCCCUAAAAAGGAAGGCAGAACUGGGGCUCAAGGAAGAAAGGCUGUGUACCCUGACUCAAGGGACAGAUGCUCUGUGCCUUCUAGGGGAGGCUCAGGGGAAUGGGGUCACCUCUGGUGUGGACCCCAGCUACAGUGCAGACAAGAAAACUGGCCUAUGUGCCACAUUUACCUUUAGGCCAAGCAAUGGUGCCCACCUUCAGCUUACCCUUUCCAGUCCCUAGUGCCUGUGGAGUUGGGUGUUUGCUUUCUCCUGGUUCCUUCUCAAGGAAGACAAGUGGAUUGACCUCCUGACUCAGAUCCUGUAGGACUAAUGCUUGCACUGGGCAGCUCCCAGAAACACCUAAGUGUGUCUGUUUCCCUGCAUCUGGGCCUGCAGUCACUUGGCUUUGGACCUGCAGAGGGUCCCCAGCACCCGCAUACUGGUAGCACUCAGCUGGCUUGUCCACAUCUCACCUCAGCCACCUCAUGAUCUGGUGGAACCUCCUCUUUCUUGUUUCUGGCUGGUGCAGACACCCGUGUGUCCUAAUACCCAUCUGUACACUGCAGUGUGUGGUGCAUUCCUCUUAAACAGCUGCAGCCAUGGCUUGUUGUAUUGUAGACGCUGUCCCCAGUCUGGUGUUUCUGUUUGACAUUUGUGAAUGCUUACGUCCGUGUAAUACCCUUGGUGCUGUGUCAGUGUUGUGCACAUUGGACUAGACAUUCUGCUUUGUUGUGCACUUGGUGGCUUCCUUCCUAUGUGACUCCUCUGCUCCAUGGACAGUGGCACUGAUGCUCCACGUUGCCUUCCAGUUGCUGCCAUGGUGCUGUGAGCAGAUGCUGUUGGUGCUGCUCCCGGACAUCUAUUUUCUCAUAAAAGUAAAUGUGUUUCCAACUCGCUUCCUGUGCUCUGUUGGGUUCCCUACAGUGUGGACAAAUGUCCUCAAGGAAGCCACCAGCUUUCUUUACUGGAGACAGCUGCAAGACCAGGGUCCCAGCUGGUCACUGCUACUUGGGAAUGUCUAGGAUACUUCCAGUGACCAAGCUCAUGAGAAUAUAACUCGUAAUUGAAAAAAAGUCAUCACUGCUGUACCAUGGGUGAGGGUGGAGGUUUAUAAAAGCAAGACAUCGCCUGCCUUUGUGACCCCAGAUAAUGGGAUGCCAGGUUACGGUUUAGUUAGUUGUUCAGUACCUGUAGUGGGGACCGUGAGGGAAACCUGAGAAGUGCCCAUUCAUUCUUCAUUUAGGGCAGCUGUUCUCAACAAGGGGUGAUCCUGCAAGGGACACUGAUCAGUGUCUGGGGACAGUUUUGUUUGGAGGAUCUGGUGAGAAGAAGCAAGGAUUUAGCUAAACCUCACAGUACACAGGUCAACCCCAGCCCGGCAACAGGAGCACUGGUGCCGCGUUACUCAGGAAGCCAGGGACUGGACUGAGUUAGGCUUGCAGGCAGCAGAAGCACUAGAGCAACCCCGCUCUUUCCUGAUCCAUUCUCCCACAGCCUCAAGACUAACCUUAAAAUGAAGUAAAAAUGUCACUUGAGCUUGAAAGUCCUAGAGUAGCCAGGAUAAAAAUAGUAACCCCCCCUCCCCCAAGUCUCAAAUAUGGGGCUCGAGGGGUGGAGUUGGAGGUGUACCGAGUGAUAAAACACACACUUAGCACCCUUGAGAUCCUUUGUUCCAGAUGCCGUCCACAGCAUUGUCAAAGAGCAUCUGGAGAGGUGGCUCUCCCAGAGGACACAAGUUUGAGUCUCAGUACCCACGUGGCAGCUCACAACCAUCUGUAACUCCAGUUCCAGGAGCUCUGACUCCUCCUCCUUCUCUCCACAGGCCCAGGCAUGUAAGUAGUACACAGACAUACCAAUAGGCAAAAAGUAGAUCCCUCCCAUUGAGAAGCACCAGUGUAUCCUGGACACUCGGAAUGACAGCCACGUCUGGAGAGUGAUUGUAGUUAGGCUGUUCUGUCCCUUGCUCAUCUUGUUCCAUCCUCCCCUUGCUUACUAUCUCACCCUGCCUGCUCUGGUCCAUAGGGCUGCUAGCCCUUCCCACACCCUGAGACCUUUGCACACACUAUUUCUUUUAACUAUUACCUCCCUGUCACCUCUCCCUCCUUUGACAGCACCUCCUUUAGGUUAUCUUGGCUAUCAAGCCUCAACUCUCCAGGCUACUGCCUGUGGGGCAUCCACCAGAGAAGACUACUGGGGCACAAGUAUAAGCCAACAGAACGUCUUUAUUAGCCAGCCAGCAACUAUCCUAUGUGUUUAGGAUGCCCCUGUAGCCUCAAACCUUUCUCAGGGUCAGCUGUUAAGCACAGAAACCAUAUCUUGGGUUGACAUACCUCAGUUAAGAACAGUUAGCCAGAAGCAGAACUGCCGAAGCCAAAAAGCAAGGUUAGUACAUUUAGGGACUUUCCCAGAGCUAUGGACUUUGCUGUACUAGGUCUUUGGGGGUUUAUUGGGGUGGGGGUGGGGUGUAUGUUUUGUUUUGUUUGUCCAGUGGUGAUGUCUGUGUGCUGAGUUUGAUGACCUGAAUGGUACUUUCAAUAUGAAGUCAGUAUAGAUAGUGCUAAGGACCAUUAAUUUUAUCAAAUUGUUACAUAAUUGGCCAUAUAGUUUAAGACACAGGGCCCCACCAUUAAUACAGUUAGAAUAAGCAAGGCCAGGCAGUGCUGAUGGUGCGAGAGCUGAAGAAACCCCUUUUUAUGCUAGGUAUACAUCUUGGUACUCAGUAGCCACUUCUCUUUGACUCCAGUCCCUGGAAUAUAAGCUCCCAACAACCCUGACUCAGUCACUCCCACUCAGAAGUGUACAGCCAGGACCAUCUACUUGUUAUGACUUCUUUGGCUUCUGUAACUUGCUUAUGCAGAUAUUCAAGGCCUAUUUUGAGGCCGCCCCUGACUACCUAACCUUGGCAGAGCAGCACAGCUCCUGGCUUGCUUGUGCAGACACCCAGUGUGGGUUUUCCCAUUACAAAUCCUGCCCUCACCCCUUUGCACAGCAGUCUUAGAGACUGGUGUCCUUCUAGUGGUUUCAAUAAAUUUAACUAACUAUAAUCUGGAUUGGGUCUGUGGUCUUUUCCCGGGGUGUCUUGAGCUCAUCCAGGAUCCCUGGGAAAUCCCAGACUCGGAAUCAGGGAUCUUGAGAUUGGUCCCUAAACGGAGACAAGUCCCAGGUGAACUUGGAGGCCUAGGGGGACCCCAGACUGUGAUCACCACAAAUCUGGUAAAUGCCCAACACUCAGGAAACAGAGGCAGGAAGCUGUCUGAAUUUCAGGCCAGCCUGGUCUACAGAGGAAUUUCCAGGACAGCCAGGGCUACACAGAAAAGCCCUCUCUCGGGGGUGGCAGGGAGUAAAAUUUACAGCCAGUGCACAUGUGAAACCCAGACCAAUUGGUGAGUUGUUCUGUUCUGCAAGUCCCAACAUCUGGGGAGAUUGGACAAGAUCAUAGCCUGUUUCCAGGACUAUCCUCCUGGUUCUGGUAUAUGGGUCAAGGUGGCCACGUGUCUGUCUGCUGUCCUCUGACUGUGUGGACAUUCUGUCUUUUUAAGUUGUUUGCUUUUGUCUGAUGGAUUUGUUUACUAAUGUACUUAUAAGUUUUGUUUCAGACAUGGGAGCCAGGCCACAACCACCACCGCCACUGGCUUACUCUGUCUCUGCCCCUCUCAUUGGCUCAAUGAGCCUGCUGUUUAAGUCUCAUGGGUUUCUCACAGAUGGUUGUCUCUGCGCUUUCUUUAUUCUCUGCUUGCUGGCAUCACUGGAUUCAGUUUUGUGGGGAUUCAGGUGUCUUUGGGAUAUAGAUAAUAUUGAAAUAGUGCUCUAUGCUGUCCUAUUAUUAAAAACCGGGCUCUGGGGUUGCAUUAUGCCUGGCUUGCCUGACCCAAGCAUGAAGGUUUAUAAGUUUUCCCCAGAAUCUCUGUCUUAGGUCAGACAGGCCUCCUGCUUCUGUCAGCGAAAGGAAAAACCAAACAGCCCAGGAAAAGAUGUCAGGUGCUUUAAAACAGCUAAAAAGUAGACUCUCCAGUGGGAGUUACAGCUGCUUACCGCUUCUCCUUUCCUCGGCUUUCCUUAGCUCUCUCAGACUUUUGUCAAAAUACAAACGUAUCUCAAGACUUGUAAGACUAUUAUAUAAACUUUGUGCCUUAAAAUUUGUAAGUUUAUUGGAUAUGGUUAAAAAUCUGAGAACACAAAAGCAACCUGAUGCCAACAUUUUCUGGGUUCCCACGGGUGUGGUUUUUAUUGUUCUCUGUUUAGUGGCCUCUGGGUUACAGAUCCGUACACUAUUCUGCAACUUGGUGACCUUAUAAGGAAAAAAAUACCUGUGAAGCUUUUCAGGUUGUCUGCCUCCAUCUGCAGACACACAAACUGGUUAUGAACCCCUGUGUUUAAAAUCUCUCACCUUUAAUCUCAGCACUUAGGAGGCAGAAACAGGUGGAUCUCUGAGCUUGAGGCCAGCCUGGUCUACAGAGUGAGUUCCAGGACAGCCAGGACUAUACAGAGAGACCAUGUUCUGAAAAACCAAAAAAUAAAUAAAAAUAAAAUAUCUCACUAGUAACUACAGAUAUGCCUGCUUAAAAUAUUCAGAGCUGGGCUUGUUAAAAGUUGAUACUCCUUCAAAAACAAGAUGGACAAGGUCACUAGACCUUCACGCCAGUAUCCAGUCAAUCCUCUCAGCUAGCUGUAUGCAAUUAGGACCUAAAUGCAUGAGACCUCAAGGUUUUCUGAAAAAACUAGGGUGUGCAAGCUAAAACCUGUAUCCUGGGUAAAGGCUGCACCCAGUUGUCUCUCAUCCCUUAGGAAAAAUUUCUUGCAACAAAUGGUAUUUUAUUGGUUACUAUUAUGUCUCCCUUAAAAUUUUUAAUUAAAUUUUUUAAUCAAAUUUUAAUCAAAAAUUAUAUAAAAAUUAAAAUGGUCAAAUUAAUUACAGAUAUCUAGCUCUGACUUCUUCCUCCUUUUUUGGUUCUUGUUAGGAAAAAGCAAAUGUUCCCCCAUUCAAGGUCAUGCAUAUUCAGAGUUCUUGACAAAAUGUAAACUUCAUUUCUCAGGAUCUGUAAGACUAUUGUGGGGGCUAGGGGGGAUGACAUGGUCUGGGGUGCUGUAAAAUUCCAAGCAAAAAAUUCUGUAAUGGUCAAGAUUUACAAAUUCCUAGGGUUAUAAAAGUCUACUCAGGUUAACAGAAACUGACUUUUUAAAGUAUGCCUAACCACUUAUGUCUUUCUUAACUGUGUUCAAUACUAAUUUUAAAAUAACAUGUUUGGUAACUAAGAUAUAUUUGAUAAUAAGGUUUAUUAACUCCUUAGGACUAUUCAGGCUAGCGGAACCUGACUUAAAGAUGUAGGUCUAGUCUUGUUUUUGUCUUUGCUGACUUUGUUAAAUGUUAGCUAUUUGGAUGAAUUGAGUCAUAAUAAAAACAUUGAUAUAAAAAAAUGAAAAAA